AUGACGGGGGACGCGUUCUGGCUGUCUUCACCCUCGUCGUUCAACGUUGGUUUGGACUCUCCACAACUAGCGGCAGCACAAGUCACCCUCGCCGCCCUUGCCCCCUGGUGGGAACAAUGGCAAACGAUUGUACGGAGUACUGUGGUCUGCAGGCCUUUUGCCCAUCUUCUCCUCCUUGCCGGCGCGCGGGUCGAAACAAGAACAACCGGCCAUGACAGACGUUGCCUCUCUUGCCAAUCAUCCACCAGAUUCCCGAUUUCCGCCCCCUAUCAAUGCGCAAUCGAUGGGGGAGAGUGA